AUGGAGUAUACGCUAAAUAGACCACUAUCCGGCCACCUAACAAUCUGCACAACUCAAAACUGCCAGUUCUCAGAUUACUACAACAAGGAUGACACAACCAAUAACGACAACAAACACACUUUCAUCACUUUGACAGACUCAAACAAUAACCAAACAAAGUUCGUCCAGUGUAGGAAAUCAAUCUCAAAUGAAAGUAGUCCUACUAGUAGAUUCAGCGACACUGACUUGUCUUCAAUAAUCAUGAAUCAUAAUGGCAAAUUACGUUAUCAUCUACGUGGGAGCGACAGCUGUGACGACGACGAUGAUGACGAUGAUGAUGAAGAUAUUGAUAUUGACAAAAAUAACAACCCAAAAAUUUCAAGAAUAUCCUCUUUGCCAAAUUAUACUUUCACAAAACAUUCUAUAGCUGGCUCUCCAUGUCCUUGUCCAAGACACCACCACAGGCGGAAUUCAACUGCUGUCAAAUUUGAUAAACCUUCUUACAAAUAA